AUGGAUCGUCCUCGGCGAGCCGCUGCUGCAAAGCCCCAGGGCCACUAUGCCGCCGCAACCUCUCCCGUAAAAAAGAGGAAGUCUAGUGCCACUGCCAGUACUUCGUCCCGGAAAAAGGGCAAACAGAGGGAGCAGACCCAGGUUGACGCAAUGGGCUUGCCUAUCCCUACUGAUGCCGCUGCCCCCAUCCCUGUUAUUACACCCAAACCUUUGGAUCCGGCCGCACUUGCAUUGGAUUUGGACAAAUCCUAUGAAGGUCAAAUUACACCACCGGCACCACCGACACGACCAAAACGGCAGCCAAGAUGGCAACAGCCGGCAGCAAAUCCCAUUAUGUUCCUCGAGGAUACGCCAAUCGGUUGGAAUCCCGACGAACCCGAUCUUGAUCCUGAUGAUUUAAAUGCUCAGAUUGCAAGGUGCCGUGAGCGUAUCAGCGAUAAUAUCAUAACCCGGCAGUUUGAUCUCAAGCUGAGGAACUUAUUGCUAGAGCAGGAACGUCGCGACGCAAUGAUGGCCUUAGAACCCGCUGGGUUGAGUUGGCCUGUCGUCCAGCGCUUGCAAACGCUCCAAGGGAUUUGGGGAUGGCUCCAGGGCCAGAAUGACAAGUACGAGCUGGUUGCCAAUGUGACGAACAUCAUGGCAGCAUACCGAUCAGGCCAAUUGAGAUGGAAUCCAGGUCUUGUUACCUACUGGUCUAGAGGCACACAACUCUGCCAUCCGAGACCAUUCAGGUGGGAUGAAUUUGAUAUCAUCAAUGCCCAAUAUGCUGGUCACACAGGCUUUUGGGUAGAAGGGCUUGAAGGACCAAGUCCAGGACUCCAAAUGUCACAAUGGAUAGCUACGCCAUAUCCUGGAGGGGGAGUGUUUUCUUCUUACAUGAACAUGUGCAUACAAAUUCCAGAUGCGAUUUUUCAAGCUGGAGGGGGUGCAUUUAACCCUCUAUUGCCAUCUAUGGCGGUUGAGCUAGACUUCAUGGAUGAUACUGGGGCUUCUGUCAUGCAGAUAAAUCAAAGCGAUCUACAGCACCUCAUAAAUUGCAAUCGUGACCCCCAACAAAAUGACCCCCCUAUUCCACCACUCUUAGGUGUCAUGCCCCUGGUAGUCGCGAAUGGGACAACUGACUACUUAAUCUGCAGGCGAUUUGAGAUUAACAUGUGGGAUCGUGUGACCAAGACCUACCUGUCCCACCUAUGGAGUCCAGUCCAAGUGGUCAUUUACGAUGACACCAACAAGCAAUCACAAACUCGAUUGAAUGGUCCGUGGGCACGACACAGGUUGUAUUCAGCGUCGGCUCCGGAUGGCUCAAGCUAUACCUAUUUUAGCGACGUACACCCAGCAUCAUCAAUGAUUGUGCCCGUGGUAAAUCCGGCUCAAAUUCCCGCCCUCUUACCAGACCUUCCAGUAUGUCCACUACGAGGAAGCCCGACAGCGGGAGGAAAAGCAACAGCAGGAGGAAAAGCAGUCCCCUGA